AUGCCUUCGCGCCGCCGCUCCGCCUCCGGCUACCACGGCGUUCGGGCGCGGCCGAGCGGCCGCUUCGACGCGGAAAUCCGCUCCACCGACGAGCGGAUCCGCCUCAGCACGUUCGAUACGGCACACGAGGCAGCGCGGGCGUACGACGCCGUCGCCUGGCGCCUCGGCCGCUCCCGCCAGACCAUGAAUUUUCAUGACGUCUGGACACGGGAGCAGCUGGCGCCCCCGUCGCCGGUCAUCACGUGCGAGCAGCAGCGCCGCCAACGCGAGCUGGAGCAGUGCCUCCUCAUCGCCGAGCGCGACGAGGCCCUCCGCCUCGAGUGGGCGCGCCAAUUCCCCGAGGACGUCGCUGCCACGGAAGCUUUCUACGCGCAGAAGGAGGAAGAGAAGGCGGCGGUGAAGGCGAAGAAGAAAGCCAGCCGCGAGAAGCGCCGCGCCGAGUCCGCAGCGAGGAAGGCGGCAAGGACCGAGAAGGCGGCGAGGAAGGAGGAGGAAAAGAAGAACGAAUGCAUUUGGGUCCGUGUAAAUAUAGAAACCAAACUUGAAACUUGA